AUGUACCAGUGUCGCAAGUUUACACGAAGAAAUCUGCUCUUUCUGCUAUCGAUCGGUGUAGUAUAUUUGCUUCUCGAUCACUACUUCAAUGGCGAGGACUUUGGAGAUAACAGGGAAAAACUUGUCUUAAUUGAAGAAUCAAUUAAAUCGCUUGCCAACCAGGGUGCGUGCAAGAUGCCAAGUUUACCAGUGGACUCGCCGGAAAUGUUGAGCUUUCUCAAAGAAGAACCACCCAUCGAAUGUGGAAGCGAACUCCAGGACUGGGUGGAAUGCGAGAAAGCUGUUUGUAAUAUAAAACCUGAAGUUAUCAAGGCAAAGGGUAAGAUUACUUGCGACUAUGCAGACAUCCAUCGGCAAAGUGACUCUAAAGUGUCCUUUGGAGAUACGAUCAGCACAUCGGGCAGCUACACACUGCAGGGCAGUGACUUUGUGCGUGCCAAGUGUUGGACGGACAGUCGAACAGAACGGUGGCAGGGCUUGCUAGUAGGUAUCCGGCAUGAUGAUCAGUUACGAGCAAGGUCUAGCUGGAACAAGGAAUCCGCCCUGAACGUGCUGAUGCUCGGGUUCGAUUCGCUCAGCCGCAACGCAUUUCAGCGCAAGCUACCAAAGGCGUUCAAAUAUCUCACCAGUUAUCUUGGGGCGGACGUACUGAAGGGAUACAACAUCGUUGGCGAUGGGACACCCCAGGCAUUGAUCCCGCUGCUGACCGGGUUUACUGAGCUGGAACUGCCAGACACACGGCGGCGUAUGAAGAAUACCGAAUACGUGAACGUCUAUCCGCUAAUCUGGAAGGAGUACGAGAAAUAUGGGUACGUGACCGCGUUCAAUGAAGACGUACCGAAUAUCGGCACAUUUUCCUAUCGGUUGAACGGGUUCGACGAGCAGCCGACAGAUCACUACAUGCGUACCUACUAUCUAGCGAUAGAGGCGUACCUAAGUUACUACAAGCGUUUGUGCGUUGGGGCGAAACCGCGCCACAAGGUGAUGUUGGACUAUACGCGCGAUUUCAUGACGAACUAUCGGCCCAACACGCCCCGCUUCGUGUUCAGCUUUCAUGGCGAGCUAUCGCAUGAUUCGAUCAAUUUGGUCGGUGUAGCGGAUACCGAUCUUACCAACUGGUUAGUGGAGCUGAAGAAAUCCGGCAUUUUGAAUAAUACGAUUUUGGUGCUGAUGUCUGAUCACGGGAACCGUUUUGCCGAGGUGCGCAACACAUUGCAGGGUAAGCAAGAGGAACGAUUGCCGUUCUUUAGUUUCACCUUUCCCGACUGGUUCAAAGUGCAUUACAAAGAGCAGUACGACAACUUUCGCCAGAACCUCGAUCGACUCGUAACACCAUUUGAUGUGCACGAAACACUACAAGAUAUCUUAACACUUCAAACGCUCAAGGCCAAACAGAAGCCUGCCGUAUCACGUGCCAUCUCACUGUUCGAUGUUAUACCUCAGAAUCGGUCGUGCGCGGAUGCCUAUAUCGAGCCACAUUGGUGUGCCUGUUUAAAUUGGCAACCGAUUAACGAUACGACCUCAUCAGAGGAAGUGUUCCGGUCGGCAAAAACGAUCGUCGAUACGAUCAAUCACCACACCGAGCGACAUCGAGGGAUCUGUGCAUUGCUCACGUUGGACGAAAUCCGUUGGGCGGCGCGUUUGCAACCACACGAAGGAUUGGUACGCUUCAAGCAGAAUCGCGACACGGACGGUUUUCUGGGCGAUUUUUCGUCCGACGCGAUACGCGUGCCGCACGACAUGUACCAGGUGAAGCUCGUUACCAAUCCGAGUAAAGCGAUCUACGAAGCAAGCGUGCUGCACGACCGGGUGAACAAUCGUUUCCGGGUGAAGUUGGGCGAUAUUUCGCGCAUCAACAAGUACGGCACGCAGGCAAACUGCAUCUACGAGCGAGACCCGGAGAUGCGUAAAUUUUGCUACUGCAAGGACGACCAUUGA